AAUAAUCACGAGAUAGAUCAGUGACAAGGGAGUUAAAAUCCAUCUUUGUGAAUAUCUAAAAGUAUGAAGUGGAUAUUGUGUCUAGGUAUCGCUGUCGUCUUCUCUGUAGCUUUUGCUGAGGUCGGGGUAACAAUAAAAGACCAUUCGUGCAAAGAGGACUGGUGGGGCGACAAGGAUUACUUCUAUCUGAACUGCUCAGAGGGUGAAACGAUAGUAGUGAAGGAUGCCGUAUUGUAUCCAUUUGAGCAAAAUCUCACAUGUGUUAUGAAUAAUUCUAAAAAUGAAUGUCGUCACAACUUUACCCAGAAGGCAUUGGACUAUUGCAGCAACAUGGAGAUCUGUCGUCUGCGUUUGGACAACUACGCUAUAUCUAUUAAGAAGUCCUGCUGCAAGAACCUGCACUGUCACGACCUAGAGUAUGAAUGCGUUCCAGCAUCAUGUAAAACGCCUCAAGCACCCGCUAAUGGUCAGG